GCGGGACUCCCCGGGGAAGUGCGGAACGCUAUUGGCCGAUGGCGCGCUCGUCGGCUCCGCGCUAGGCUGAGACGGGAGGGUCCUCGGCUAAAGCCCAAAGCAGAUCAAAGUGGUGGGACUCGCGUCGCGGCCGCGGAGACUAGAAGGAGGACUCCGGAUCCGGCUCGGCUCUCGCCCUCACUUCGCCAUGGAGAAGACCGAGCUGAUCCAGAAGGCCAAGCUGGCCGAGCAGGCCGAGCGCUACGACGACAUGGCCACCUGCAUGAAAGCCGUGACGGAGCAGGGCGCCGAGCUGUCCAACGAGGAGCGCAACCUGCUGUCGGUGGCCUACAAGAACGUGGUCGGGGGCCGCCGGUCCGCCUGGAGGGUCAUUUCGAGCAUCGAGCAGAAGACCGACACCUCCGACAAGAAGUUGCAGCUGAUCAAGGACUAUCGGGAGAAAGUGGAGUCGGAGCUGAGGUCCAUCUGCACCACGGUCCUGGAAUUGUUGGAUAAGUAUUUAAUAGCCAAUGCAACUAAUCCAGAGAGUAAGGUCUUCUAUCUGAAGAUGAAGGGAGAUUAUUUCCGGUAUCUUGCUGAAGUAGCAUGUGGCGAUGAUCGAAAACAAACGAUAGAUAAUUCCCAAGGAGCCUACCAAGAGGCAUUUGAUAUAAGCAAGAAAGAGAUGCAGCCUACACAUCCAAUCCGCCUGGGUCUGGCCCUUAACUUUUCUGUAUUUUACUAUGAGAUCCUUAAUAAUCCAGAGCUUGCCUGCACACUGGCUAAAACGGCUUUUGAUGAGGCCAUCGCAGAGCUUGAUACACUGAAUGAAGACUCCUACAAAGACAGCACCCUCAUCAUGCAGUUGCUUAGAGACAACUUAACAUUAUGGACAUCGGACAGUGCAGGAGAAGAAUGUGAUGCAGCGGAGGGGGCCGAAAACUAAAGGCAUCCAGGGUGCUGUCCUUUGUCCCUCAAGAAAACCUUUUUACAUCUCCAUUCCUUAUUUCACCUGGAUUUCCUCUAGCAAGGAAGCCUAUUCAUGUGUAUGGGAUCAACUGUUUAUAGUCUUUUCACACUGCAGCUUUGGGAAAACUCCAUCCCCUGAUUUGUGUUGUCUCAGCCUUCCUGGUGUGCAGUUACUGCUGUAGAAAAGUAUCAAUAGCUUCAUUUCAUAUAAACGCGAGUAACUCCAGACACAUGUGUAGAGGACUGACAGUACAUUGGGUAUUUAAGUAAUCUGAACCAGUUCUGCAAGUGGCUGUGUUUUGUAUUACUGUGAAGAUAUGGAAAUGUAGUGCAUUACAAUUUAAAGUAAUUGUAAUAAUAACUCCCCGAUUUCUACAUUCCCUCUCUGACCCUUCUUUGGGGGAAAUCCUUUCAGAAGCGACUUUUCCAUACUCUUACUGCAUAUUCCUUUUUAGUAGGAAUCCAGAAGUGUUGGGUUGAAUGGGAAAGCUCUUAAUGCAUCCAGUCUUGGGGGUCACAGAUUGAAAUGUCUCCUAUGUCACAUAAUCUGGAGGUUACGUCUGUGACAACAGGGAGUUUCAUUUAUGCAUUCUUCAUUUGCUGCUGUUUGAGUUGACAACUUCCUUCCCAAUAAAAAUUCACUUACACCUCCUGCCUUCGUAGCUCUGGUAUUCACUUUACCUUGUAAUAGAAGUAGCAUGUUGCUGCCAGAAUACAAGCAUUGCUUUGGGCAAAUUAAAAUGCAUGUCCUUUCUUAAUACACUAGAAAGGGGAAAUAAAGUACACAAGUCCGAGUCUAAACGUCAGUACUUUUCCAUGCAGAUCUGUACACGUGUGAGAGGGUGUCCAGUUUGUCCAGUGAUUGUUCCUUAGAGGGUCAGACCCACAAUAUUGUGUUUGCUAAUCAUUGACUGUAGUCCCAAAAAAGCCUUGUGAAAUGUUAUGCCCUAUGUAACAGCAGAGUAACAUAAAAUAAAACUACAUUUUAUAAAACCA